GAGAAACUUGACACAGUUGGAAUGGUUCCAAUAACCUACCUUGCAAAAGGCUUCGUGUUCACAGAAUUUCUUUUGUGAAAAUAUUUUGGUGAGAAAAUAUCUUGUGGAAAUUCUGGCCUUCUGGAGUAAGGAAAUAGGCCUUACUGCACACAAAACUCCUAUGACAGACGUUGGCAAGUUUAAACUAGGCUAAUUACAACCACAAGCAAAGUGUCAGAGUUUUCCAUUCAGAUCAACAACUUCAAAUUCUUAGCAUGGAAAAUUCAGAGAAGAUCGAAGUGGUUCUCCUUGCUUGUGGUUCCUUUAAUCCUAUCACCAACAUGCAUCUCCGGCUAUUUGAGCUGGCUAAGGACUACAUGAAUGAAACAGGAAAAUAUAGAGUUAUCAAAGGCAUAAUCUCUCCUGUUGGCGAUGCAUAUAAGAAGAAAGGACUCAUCUCUGCCCGCCACCGAGUUAUCAUGGCAGAACUCGCCACCAAGAAUUCAGAAUGGGUGGAAGUUGACACCUGGGAAAGUCUUCAGAAGGAAUGGGUAGAGACCGUUAAGGUGCUAAGGUAUUUAUGGUGAAAUCAGCUUUGUCAGUUCUUCGGAAAUGGGUUGGGGCUUUUUGCCAUGUUCCAGUGCUGCCUGUGUCUGUGAAAUACAGAUUUGCAAACUGUGACUCGGGUCGGGAGGGCUUCCCACGUCCGGUGAUUUCUUGGGUGUAGAGCACAGCUGCAGAGCACGGGGCUUCCUUAGCCUUUAUGCCUUUCAUCAUGUUUUGAGCUGUUUGCAUGCUUGUUACUGUAUCUCUACGAGAGAGAAUACAUAGAGAAGCCUGCCCCAGACAAGAAAGGCACAGUUGUAAGAUGUUGUCGUUAAUUUUUUCUUUUUUUUUUUAAAGACUUUAUUUAUUAUUUGACAG